CAAUUUUAUUACAGAAAGGCCCGAAUCAUGGAAGGCGCAAAUGGAAAUCCUACAGGAGGCCGCAUUCAUUUUGGGUCUCUUGAAGCCAUUGAGGCAAGGAAUCGCCAGGCAGCAGCGGCAGCAGCAGCUCCUGCUACUUCUUCACCUUCUACGUCAACAACUGCACUCAAGGGGGCUACAGCCAUAGAAGAUCUCAAGGUUGAUGACAAGUUCGAGCACUCCGCAUCAUCAAAGAGGGCGCGGGAUCAGCACUCUGAAAUCCUUGAGAUGUUUGAACGUAAGAAGAGAGCCAGGACAAUAGCAGUCCCAACCGAUGACAAAAAAGUCCGGGAAAAGCUAAGAGAACUUGGAGAGCCUCAAUGCUUGUUUGGUGAAGAUAAUAUGGACCGUCGAUCACGUUUAAGAGAGUUGAUGGCAAAAGACGCACCCACGGAAGGGGAUGACGAAAAAAUGGCUUCAGGAGAUGAGGCGGAAGAAAGUAGUUCUGACGAAGAGGAGGGGGAAGUAUACACGCCAGGGACAGAAAACUUAUUAAAGGCUCGAAGAGAUAUUGCACGGUUCUCUCUACAAAAAGCUGCCAUGAGAGUAGCAAGGCAAAACGAAGAGAGCAAAAUAUCAGUCGUAGUAUACAAGAGCAUGCGGUCUGAGGAGUUUGAGAAACUGAGGGUUUAUACCAAUUAUUCAUCCCAAAUUGGAGAUGACCGGCCAUUAUCGCAGUGUGCAUUUUCCCCAGAUAGUAAAUUUCUAGCAACAGGUUCAUUUAGUGGUUUAUGCAAGAUUUGGAGCGUCCCCGACUCGAAACAAGUGCACACAUUACGUGGGCAUACUGACAAGAUCGGAGGCCUCAGAUGGCACCCAAAAGCACACAUUUCACAAGAUCGUGGGGCCGUGAAUCUAGCUACAGGCGGUGGAGAUGGAAAGGUUAAUCUGUGGUCGCUGGAAAGUGAGACUCCUAUACAGUCAUUGAAAGGUCACGAGGCAAGGGUGGCUCGUAUAGGCUUCCAUCCAAUGGGUCGAUUUUUGGGGAGCGCAGCGUUUGAUGGUACAUGGAGGCUCUGGGAUAUCGAAUCUGGAAUCGAGCUUUUAACACAGCGAGGCCACUCCCGUGAAGUGUAUGCAAUCGGAUUCCAGUGUGACGGAUCACUCGCUGCCACUGGAGGUCUGGACGCUAUCGGGCGUGUAUGGGAUUUAAGGACAGGACGGUCAGCGCUGACGAUGGAGGGCCAUGUUUCCGAUAUCUUAGGAAUUGACUUUGCACCUAACGGAUACCAGAUCGCCACUGGAAGCGCUGACAAUUCAAUCCGCAUCUGGGAUUUGAGGACGUUACGGUCCAUUCAUUCUAUUCCUGCGCACACCAAUCUUGUCUCCGACAUCAAAUUCUAUCCAGGCCCUGUUUUGGGUGAUAAUAACACAGACUCGAACAUGCAAGUCGACGGAGAAAUAGUACGACCGAGCAAGAGCGGUAUUUAUUUGGGAAGUUGUAGCUUUGACGGGACGGUUAAGUUAUGGAGUGCAGAUGAUUGGAAGUUACAAAAGAGUUUAGUAGGCCACACAGGAAAAGUUACUGGAUUAGAUAUCUCAAGUGAUGGCCGAUUCCUUGGCUCUAGUGGAUUCGAUAGAACAUUCAAACUUUGGGCACCUGAAAAUGCCGAUUAUUAAAAUCAAAUCUACGUUAU